GUCACGGAAAGAGUAAGAAGGACCAAGAAGGACCUAAGGAACCAAAGGACGCGGGGACACAGAGCAGGGGGAGAGGUAGAGCCGUCUUGGGGCAGUUUUCUCGGAGGGAGCAGGUGCCGUGGAUGGGAGAGGAUGCACUGCGGGCUACUGGAGGAGCCUGACAUGGAAUCCACAGAGAGCUGGAUUGAAAGAUGCCUCAAUGAGAGCGAGAGCAAACGCUACUCCAGCCACACGUCUCUGGGAAACAUGUCCAAUGAUGAACAUGAAGAAAAAGAGAAUAAUAGAGCAUCUAAACCACACUCCACACCUGCUACUCUUGAAUGGUUGGAGGAUAACUAUGAGAUUGCAGAGGGCGUGUGUAUUCCCCGAAGUGCCCUCUACAUGCACUACCUGGACUUCAGCGAGAAACACGACAUGCAGCCCGUGAACGCCGCCAGCUUCGGAAAGAUCAUACGACAACAGUUUCCAGCAUUAACCACCAGACGACUGGGCACAAGAGGACAGUCUAAGUACCACUAUUAUGGCAUCGCUGUCAAGGAGACGUCCCAGUAUUACGACGUGAUGUACUCUAAAAAAGGCGCGGCUUGGGUGAACGAAACGGGCAAAAAAGAAGUCACCAAGCAGACAGUGGCGUAUUCACCGCGCUCCAAACUCGGAACGCUUCUGCCAGAAUUCCCAAAUGUCAAAGACCUAAAUUUGCCCGCCAGCCUGCCAGAAGAGAGGGUGUCGACGUUUAUCAUGAUGUACAGAACGCACUGUCAGAGGAUACUGGACACUGUCAUUCGAGCCAAUUUUGAUGAGGUCCAAAGUUUUCUGCUGCACUUUUGGCAGGGCAUGCCCCCUCACAUGUUGCCUGUGUUGGGGUCUCCCACUGUGGUCAACAUCGUGGGCGUCUGUGACUCCAUCCUCUACAAGGCCAUCUCUGGGGUACUCAUGCCCACUGUACUCCAAGCACUGCCUGACAGUUUGACUCAGGUUAUACGAAAAUUUGCCAAACAACUCGACGAGUGGCUUAAAAUUGCACUUCACGACCUCCCUGAAAACCUGAGGAAUAUCAAAUUUGAAUUGUCCAGGAGGUUUUCUCAAAUUUUAAAGCGGCAAACAUCAUUGAAUCACCUAUGCCAGGCUUCGCGGACGGUGAUAAACAGCGCAGACAUCACGUUUCAAAUGCUGGAGGACUGGAGGAAUGUGGACUUGAACAGCAUUACCAAGCAGACACUUUACACGAUGGAGGACUCACAGGACGAGCACCGGCUGCUUAUUAUACACUUAUAUCAGGAAUUUGAUCGUUUGUUGGAAGAGCAGUCUCCCAUCGAGGCUUACAUAGACUGGCUGGAUGCCAUGGUGGACCGCUGCGUUGUCAGGGUGGCAUUGAAGAGGCCCGGCUGCUUGAAGAAGGUGGCGCAACAGUUCCUGCUGAUGUGGUCAUGUUUUGGUACCAGAGUCAUUCGGGAUAUGACCCUCCACAGUGCCCCAAGCUUUGGAUCCUUUCAUUUGAUCCAUCUCAUGUUUGAUGACUAUGUGCUUUAUCUGAUGGAGUCUCUGCACUGCCAGGAGAGAGCAAAUGACCUCAUGAGGGCAAUGAAGGGCGACGGCACAGCAGAGCGCGAGGAGGACUUCACGCGCACAGAGACAACUCCCACCCCUCCCUCUCCAGGCCCGUACUCCCCUGCUCGCUCAGUCCAUUCUGUGGGGGUCUCUUCCACUGGCUCUCCCACAGCGGCUGUAUCUCCUGAGUACCCUGGAGUACCCACUACCACAGGCGCUGUUCAGUCAUAUACCUGGUCCCUUACAUACACAGUGACUACUGCAGGAGGCUCCUCUGCAGAGGCGGGUCAUCAGCUGUCCUGUAUGAGGAGCAGUGCCCCAGCCCCGCCCCCAUCCUCUGCCCACCGAGUGCCAGUCUACAGAGAGGAGCAUGGGUAUACUGGGAGUUACAACUAUGGUGGUUAUCCAAACCAGCACCCUCACACUAUCCAGAGCCAGUACCCGAGUCUGGGACAUGAGCCUCCAAUCGCAGCUCCUCUGCACUACUCUGCUUACCACCGCUCAUCUGCACAGUACCAGCUCAAUGGGCAGAUGUCAAGGAUGGAGCCAUGUCUAAUGGGCAGCACUCCUCGUUUGCACCCGGCACCUGUCGCCCCCCGGUGGCCAGAUGUGUCUCCAGCCAACAGCUGUUACACCAGCCCACCUAUGCAUUCAUCUCGCUACACUGCCUCUGGGGACAUGUACUCACCGAUUGGAUCACGAAGAAACACUGAAUAUGAGCACUCACAACAUUUCCCGGGCUUUGCCUACAUUAAUGGAGAGGCCACAACAGGCUGGGCCAAAUAACCACUGGACUUAAGCAGUGCUGUUUCUACUCAAAGCUUGAAGAAGCCUAAGUGAAGGCUAAGCAGCCAUGUGGUGGAUCAUGAUCAUGUAUUGGGAAAG